AUGGCGUAUAAACAAGGUGAACCGCUGUCGACUGUGACGCGUGACCUCCUGCGCGAGGAAGAAACCUAUACUGCUGGAGGCUUCGGCCCCCUUCCCGGUUUCAUCGUCUCAGGGAAGGGCUCGACGAUGAGGGACGUGGACAACCAGGAUAUUAUCGAUUUUGCGUGUACCAUGAGUGCGGUGAAUUUGGGCCACAGCCACCCGAAAGUGACCGCAGCGGUAGUAGAGUCCCUCCAAAAUGUCUCUCAAACAAACAUUGCCAUUCAUAAUGCCAAAUGGCCAUCGCUUGCCAAAAGGCUAUGCCAAAAGUUGGGCUAUGACAAAGUCGCCGCAAUGACCUCCGGUGCUGAGGCCGCGGAUUCAGCAGUCAAGAUUGCGUGGAAAUGGGGUAUCGCGCGGAAAGGGAUUUCGCCGAUGGAUGUGACCGUCCUGGGCUGUUCCGACAAUUAUCAUGGCCUCACGUCUGGCAUUUGGCCCAUCAUGAACCCAGGCUGUGGCCAAGAGGGCUACGGCAUCAGCAGCAAGCAGGUGACCAAUCGAAAUCCCAAAACUGGCGCAUUGCUUCGUUACGGCCACGUAGAAGAUUUCGAGGCGGUUUUAAGUGACAUGCAUUCCGUCGUGGCCGGCAUUAUGAUGGAACCUAUCCAUGGAACCUUGAGAACUUUCGAACAAGAGAUCCAAUUUGCUACAAGCGUUCGCCAGCUAUGUAAGAAAUAUAACAUCCUCUUCAUCUCGGAUGAAGUGCGGAUGGGGUCAGGCAAAACCGGCCGGUUUCUCUGCUCUGACUGGCUUGGUACUGAAAACAAGCCCGACAUGAUUACCCUCGGAAAGUCCAUCACAGGUGGAGCGUACCCAGCUUCUUAUGUCCUGGGGUUCAAUGAAACCAUGGACCUGAUCGAACCCAACCAAGUGGCCAGUACCUUUGCCAUGUCGCCCGCAGGUACCGCGGCAACGCUUGCCGCACUGUCCGUCUACGAGGACGAGCAGCUGCUACAGCGAGCCACAGUCAUCCAAGAACGAUGGAUGGCGAUCACAUCAAACUGGAACCACCCCUUCCUUCGCUUCUGCACUGCUCGCGGGGCCGACCUGUGCAUUAUGUUCAAGGACCACAUGGGCGAUGUCACACCUCGACGAGUGGCAAGGCUUGCAUACCAGAAAGGGGUUCUGGUGUACCCUCAAAGUCCUCGAAUCCGUAUUAGCGUGGCUUUGACAAUUACAGAUGAGGAGCUGGAUAAGGGGAUGAGGGCCUUAACUGAGGUUAUGGAUGAGAUCGCUUUUUACAGGGAGAUUCCCGGCUCUACACACAGGGUAGACGAUAUAUCCGCUGGUUUUUAG